CGGGUUGUUCCGGAGUAAGAAAGAGACUGCGUCUGGAAUGUAGGAGAACCCGGGACUGUUCGCACCCCAGACCCCCAAAGCAAAUCAGCAAUGCCACCAUCCACCACUCAGCAUAAGCAGCCCUCUCUCCUCCAGUCUUCUAACCGAGGCCACUAAGAGCUCGGAUCCUCUUCUGGAACCAGUUCGUCAGUGUGGUUUCUGAGUCGCUAAGACUGCAUCACUCAGAGCAGUUGGAAACAUAGUGACCGGCACUGACGAGCAGACCCAGGUGGUUCUUAACUGCGAUGUCCUGUCCCACUUCCCAAACCUCUUAUCACACCCGAAAGAGAAAAUAAAUAAGGAAGUAGAAUGGUUCCUUUCCAAUAUAACAGCAGGCAAUCAGCAGCAAGUUCAAGCCUUGCUAGAAGCUGAGUUAAUCCCCAUGAUUUUUCCCCGGCUUGCUAAGGGGGACUGCGAAUCACAGAACGAAGCUGCUUGGGCCAUUAGCAACUUAACAAUAAGUGACAGAAAAGACCAAGUGGAGUACCUUGUACAACAAAAUGUAAUACCACCAUUCUGUAACUUACUGUCAGUGAAAGACUCUCAGGUGGUUCAGGUGGUUCUGGAUGGUCUUAAAAACAUCCUGAUAAUGGCUGGUGAUGAAGCAAGCACAAUAGCCGAGAUAAUAGAAGAAUGCGGAGGUUUGGAGAAAAUUGAAGUUUUGCAGCAACAUGAAAAUGAAUACAUUUAUAAAUUAGCACUUGAAAUAUUAGCUCAAUAUUUCUCUGGUGAUGAUAUUGAUGAAGAUCCCAGCCUCAUUCCUGAAGCAACACAAGGAGGUACUUACAACUUUGACCCAACAGCCAACCUCCAGACAAAGGAAUUUAAUUUCUAAGGUCCAUUAAGUGCAGCAUCGUUCAUUCAAUACAAACACCACCAGAUGGCCACCAAGCGAUAAGACAGCAAGCAGCAGAAGGCUCCCAGCACUCUUGCCUCUUUGUUUUGAUGCUUCUAAAGCAAGCCAUGUCUCAGUCACUUUGCAGUUGCCAAAAGUCACUCUCACAUGGACUGUAAAUGCAUAUGCAUGAUUUCCUGAACUGUUUUAGAAUUCUCCUUAACAAUCUCAACUACCCUAUUUUUCCAUGUUCCCUGGUGCCACAUGCUGAGAGCUGCAGUCUCCAGUUAGAAUACUCCAUAGUGGUGGCGUAUCAGCUGCCCGCUGGUA